CAGAGGGGGAAACCAGGGGUAGAGGGAGAUAGGGAGACGGGGGAACCAUGGGUAGAGAGAAAGGGAAGGACAACAGUUGAAUGUUGACAGAGGGAGUGAGGAUAUUAAUCGGGAGAUAAUCAAAAAGGAGGAGAGAGAGAGGGAAAAAGAAAUAAAAAAACAAAUAGAUACACAUUGACAGAGUGGACUGGACUUCAAUGAAGCACUGACAUCAGCCAAAUAAAGGGCGAGAGAGAGAAAGGAGGUCACUGCAGUCCGAAGUAGGUGCUGUGCACUGUAGUUCCUUAAGCACGCUUACUAUGCAACAGGAGAGUUAGGACAAGCAAAGACAGACAGACGUCCACUACACGAUUGAACCAUGUUGAUGAAGGAGUAUAGAAUAUGCAUGCCACUAACUGUGGAAGAGUAUAAGAUUGGGCAGCUGUACAUGAUCAGCAAACACAGUAAUGAGCAGAGCGGAGGAGGGGAGGGAGUGGAGGUGGUGAGGAACCAACCAGACACACAUCCCCAACACGGCCUGGGACAGCUCACUGAGAAACGCAUCUACCUCAAUAGUAAACUGCCAUCCUGGGUGAGUGUGUUUGUCCCCAGGGUCUUCUAUGUGACAGAGAAGGCCUGGAACUUCUACCCUUACACCAUCACAGAGUACUCAGUCUCCUUCCUUCCCAAGUUCAGCAUCCGUAUUGAGACCAGGUUUGAGAACAACAAUGGUGACAACAAUAAUGUAUUUGGAGACAGGCCCACCCCUGCAGAGAGCGUGAGCCACCUGGAUAUCCUCAUUGACCCCAUCCCUGACAAACACUACAAGGAGACAGAGGACCUGAGUCGCUGGGUGUCUGAGAAGACAGGCCGAGGCCCCCUGGUGGAAGGGUGGCGUAAGGACAGCACCCCCAUCAUGUGCUCCUAUAAGAGGGUGCAGUGCAGUUUCGAAGUCUACGGCUUCCAGGGCAAGACUGAGGACUUCAUACACAGGAACAUCCAGGACAUCCUACUGGUGGGGCACAGACAGGCUGUGGCCUGGACAGACGAAUGGCACGGGAUGAGUUUGGAGGAUGUGAGAGAGUAUGAGCGACAGAUACAGGAACAGACCAACAGCAAACUCAAAUCAACCCAGAAUAACAACACAGCCCCUCGUCCGGCAUACUCGCGCUCUAUGUCCGUCACAGAUGAGCGCUCUCUGAAGAAGAUGGGAGUGAAGACUAUGGCCAUGUCAGACCCCUCCACCUCCACACUGCCUCAUAGCACUGUCCGCCUUAACUCCACCCCCGAGUAACACACACACGUUCAUACUGAUGCAUCAAUUCCUGCCUGCUUAAACCCUCCGUGACAGUAACUACACAGCAGCCAUUCCUUUUUUACGGCCAUCCACCACAAACACAUUUAACCAAUAAAGCUACACUGUCCACAGAAGCAGCACUUAGAGCACUCAGGUCCUACCCCUUUCUCCAGCUGUAACUAUAUAACCCAACCCCCUGUCCUACCCCUUUCUCCAGCUGUAACUAUA